AUGCUUGUACUGGAACUCGACCUGGGGACUGUGGAGCUUGAAGAGGGUGGUGCUGUUGCUGUUGUUGUUGGCUUUGUACUGGAACUCGACCUGGGGACUGUGGAGCUUGAAGAGGGUGCUGCUGUUGCUGUUGUUGUUGGCUUUGUACUGGAACUUGACCCGAGGACUGUGGAGCUUGAAGAGGGUGCUGCUGUUGCUGUUGUUGUUGGCUUUGUACUGGAACUUGACCCGAGGACUGUGGAGCUUGAAGAGGGUGCUGCUGUUGCUGUUGUUGUUGGCUUUGUACUGGAACUUGACCCGAGGACUGUGGAGCUUGAAGAGGGUGUUGCUGUUGCUGUUGCUGUUGUUGUUGGCUUUGUACUGGACCUUGACCCGAGGACUGUGGAGCUUGAAAGGGCGGCGCUGGAAGAGGGCCUUAAACCCGAUUCCGUGGAACUUGAGGAUCCGCUUGAAAAGGAGGAGGAAUUUGCAGAGACCGAGGAUGAGCUAGAGGUCGGUAUAUCGUUGGACGAAGGCGCGCUGGAGGAAAUAGUAGACGAUGUGAUGGAUGCUGCAGCGCUUCGAGAUGCGCUUGAUGAUGACAUAGACGCCGGGAUAGCUGAAGCACUAGUCGAUAGAGGUGAAAUUGUGCUGCUCGGAAACGUGCUGGACGGAGUCAAAAAGCUUGCAGUUGAUGUCGAGCUUGCAGAAGCCAAGGACGUGCCGGAUAUCGGCAUCGAUGUUGCAGGAGUUGAAGAUGUGCUGAGAAUAGACGUAGAGCUCAAAGGAGUUGAAACUAUGAUGGAUGAAGGCGUGGAGCCUACAGCAGCGGAAUACGUGCUUGACGUUGGUGUUGAAGUCGCCGGACUCGGACCAGCGCUGGAAGAGAACGUGAAGGUAGCAGCAGCUGAUGAGGUGCUGGCAGGCGUAGAACUUCCAGGUGUUGAGGACGAACUGGCAGACGCGGAGCUUGAAGACACCUUUGAUGUCGACGUAGAGACUGAAAAGUUCGCAGACGUGCUGGUAGUCGCAGAAUACCCAAUUUCUGAAGACGAGCUCGAUAUGGGGAUGGAUGUGCUCGAAUCACCAGAAUUUGGUGUCGAGCUGGGAGAUGUACCAGACAAAAUGGUAUUUCCUAAUGAGAGAGUGGAUAUAGGCGCACUGGAAACGGGAGAGACGGCAGAGGAUGAGGACGGUGUAGAUGUUGUAGAACCAAGAGACGCGCUGAACGGAGCUGCGUUGCCUGCUAAUAGGGUGGAAUUAGAUGUGGCGGCAGAAGACGUCUCCGAAGGAACAGUACUAUCCGGGAACGUAAUAGAGCCAGAAGAUGCGCUAGGAGAAAGGUCGUUAUCCAGUAAGAUAGUGGUCGUAAGUGUGAAGGUUGCAGAAGCCGAAGAAGUCUCGGGAGAAGAAAUUGCAGAGGAACCACCAGAUGUAGGGGCGUCGGCCGGAGGGUCCGCGGAUACAUCGGAGGAUGAGAUGGCGUUGGGGUCGCUGUAUGCGAGGACAACGACCUCAGGAAUCCGAGACGUGCUGAAUGUUGACGUAGUAUCUGAAGUUGAGCUAGGGUCUGUACUAGUCAGAUACGUGUUAUAUGUUGAGCUAAGAUAUGUACUUGAGACUGAGCUGCUCGAGCUGAAACUUGACGUCAAGGUUGCAAAGUCUGUACUCGAAACCGAUAUGACGAGAUUUGUGCUUGACGACAGACUGAGCUCUGAUUUUGAUACCAGGCUGCUGAAAUCUGUGCUCGAAGUCGAGCUAGAAUUUAUCUUGGAUGACAGGCUGCUUAGGCCUGUGCUAAAAGUCAGACUAGAGUUUGCACUUAACGUUAGGCUGUUAGAGCCUGUAUUCGAAGUUGAACUAGAGUCUGAACUUGAUGUUGAACUGCUAGCAAUUGUGUUUGACGUGGAGCUAGAAGAGGGGCUUGGUGCUGACGUGCCAGCGUCUGUGUUUGAUGUGGAGCUAAAAGCAUUGUUACUCGAAGUCGAGUCGAGGCUUGUGCUUAAUGUUGAGCUGUUGGUGUCCGUAGUCGAAGUUGUGGUGCCGGGGUCAACACUCAGAGUGGAGCUGAUAGAAUCUGUACUCGCGGUCGAGCUAAAAGCAAAGGCAAGGGCAAAUCCAACCGCCAUAGCAGCAUCUGCACUUGAUGUUGAGCUGCUAGAAAUUGUGCUUGAGAGCGGACUAGAGCCUGCUAGAUCCGAGGUCGAACUAGAUCCAGUAGUGGUAAUUGAGGAGGACCCAUUUGAAGAAAGGAUACUCAGGGUCGACGACGUAAUGGAAACAAAUUUUGUGCUAGAAGAGGUGCUUCCUGGGUCUGUUGUAGAAGAAGUGCUCAAUCCAAGGCCUGAGCUAGAAGCAAUGCUCCCCAAGCCGGUACUCAAUGACGUACUUCCCUGGUCAGCAUCGGAGGUGCUUGAAGAACUGCUAGAAAGGGUUCCCGAGUCCAUGCUAGAGGUGCUGUUCUUCAAGGUUGGGCCGGACAUAGGAAUAAUGCUCGAUGCAGAACCAAUGCUAGAAAAAGCAGUGGUUUCGAGAGCGGUACUAGAAGAGAUGCUCAUGGGCAUUGUAGUAUAA